AACCCUAAACUUUGUUGCAGAAGAGAGAAGUGGAAGUUGCAACGAUGGCGACGAUCAGCCUCCAAAAGGGAAACACUCGUCUACCACUCGAAGUGAAUAGAUUACUCUACGUCAGAAACCUCCCAUUCAACAUCUCGAGCGAGGAGAUGUACGAUAUCUUCGGUAAAUAUGGUGCGAUUUGUCAGAUUCGCAUUGGUACCAACAAGGACACCAGGGGCACAACCUUUGUUGUUUAUGAAGACAUCUACGAUGCUAAGACGGCUGUCGAUCACCUCUCAGGGUUCAACGUUGCGAAUCGAUAUCUGAUUGUGUUGUACUAUCAGCAAGCCAAGAUGAGCAAGAAGGUUGAUCAGAAGAAGAAGGAAGAUGAGAUUGCUUAGAUGCAAGAGAAGUUUGGAGUCUUCACUAAAGAUAAGUAGAGCCCGUUCUGUUUUUAUGUUGGAAUUAGGGUUUCUUUGGGGGGGGGGGGGGGGAGUGUCUUGUUUUGACGUAUAAGUAGACCUUUAUAUUAUGUACAAAAAUCAUAGAUUCAGCUAAUUCUUGGUACUUCGUCCAAUAGUAACUUCAAGUUCGUUUCUGUAAUUCUAUGGUUGUGGAUAAUCAUUUUGGUUGGUGGUUUAUGUGGUUUUGAACUUC